AUGAGGCGGCCAGAAGAUAAAGAGAAGAGAAUCAGCAUACAGGUGAAAGGAGACUUAAAGAUGGAAGAGGAGACCACGGAGGCUGCUGCAUAUCUGAGUGCUCCACCCGCAUGCAAGCCCACAAUAAGGGAACCCAGCCCCAUGGAAGCCCUGAAAACCAUGCACAAAGUGGAGCUGGAGAAGAGUAGCCAUGAGUGGGGCCUACCCAUGAGCCCCUGGGCAGCUGCUCCUGCUUGUGUGGAGGGAAAUUGGGGUAGACACCUGGGGACUGGGGCAUGCACCCUGGCUUUGUGGGCUCAGCCAGAGGAAAAGAAAGUUCUCAGGAGGGAGAGGGCAGUGGGAUGGCUGAAGAGAGCUGUGCAGAGGAGGGAGCAAGUCCUGGCUGAGGCAGAGAGAGCUAUGCUGGAGAUGAAGUGGAAGUAGAAAGCAUACAUUAUCUGUAGUAUACUUAGUAUGAAAAGAAGACUUCUACAACUUAAUCUUAAAAAGAGUAAACUCCAAAAGCUUUUUA